UUUCAGCGAACUCCAGCAGGAAAGUGGAAGCAUGACAAAUUCCAAGACGAAAGCCGAGCUUUCCGAGCGAGAGGUGGUGCGAUUGCUAAAGUGAUCGCAGGAUCGAGCAAUCCCAACAAGAAAGUGCGCGUCAAUCUGUCCAAUCUCGGACCUAACGUCGUCUCUGCUGACCUUGAGGAGCUUUUCGGUCCAUACAAUAUCGAUACUGCAACGGUGCACUUCAACGAGCAGGGUAUCUCACUUGGCACCGGCGACGUUUACUUGAAAAGGAAAGAUGCUUUGCAAAUGUUCGAAGAUUUCAAAGGCGUUUCCCUUGAUGGUAAAUUAAUAAAGAUGUUGAUUGUCGAUGGAGGAGAAGGUGUGGCUAAUGGCAUCGAGAGUCGACUGAGUAAAUUGCCUCGUCAGAGCACACGAGGAAUCCAGAAGACGUUUAGAAGAACAAGUGGAGGUGUUUCUAAUUCCUUCCUCGACCGUAUUGUGGAUGACAAACCAAGGAGAGGGGGUAUGCGUCGGCGUUCGCUUCCCGGUCGUGAAAGGAAAUCGGUGAAGUCUGUUGCUGAGUUGGAUGCAGAGCUGGAGUCGUACAUGAAUAAAGGACGGCCAAUAGAUUUGUGA